AUGUCUCCCAGCCAGCCAGGCAUCCCAUUGAAGAUAAAUGUCAUCGGGGCCGGUAUAGCCGGUCUCUCAUCAGCCAUAGCACUCGCCGACAUAAACCCCAACCACCGGAUCACGGUUCUCGAAUCUAACCCCUUCCUCAGCGAGUUCGGUGCCGGACUGCAACUCUUUCCCAACAGCACCCGCAUCCUUGACAAAUGGGGCCUAACACCAUCCUUGGAGAAAGUCGCCUGCAAUUCUUCCCACAUGUCCAUCCGUCGCUGGAGAGAUAACACCGAGCUAUCCGUCAACUUGAACAACCCUACCACCACAUGGCUCUACGGCUGGCCCCAGUGCCAGAUCUACCGACCAGACCUACAGCAAAUCCUCUUCGGACGGUUAAAGCAGCAACAGAACGUGUCUGUUUCAUUCGGCAAGUCAGUUGUAUCCGUGGAUCAUGAAACUGGUACUGUCCGCACGGCUGAUGGCGAGGUUUUCGAGGCGGAUCUCACAGUCGCAGGAGAUGGGAUCUGGUCCCGGGCCAGACGAUGCCUGCCGGCGUCAAAGGACAUCACCCCCACACCGUAUCAGGAACAUCACUACCGCGCUGUGAUUCCGCGGUCACGGAUGCUCUCCAAUCCCGUGACGGCGCCGCUCAUGUCUUCGACCGAGACGAAAUCGUGGGUCGGGCCGGGCAUAUUCGUGUUGGGGUACGCGGUCGCCUCGAACGAGCUAUAUAACCUUGUUAUUGGGGUCCCGCGGCCGAGUGACGGGGUGCCUCUGGGCAGGUGGAAUCACCCUGCCGAUCUUGACACGAUGCGUGGGCUCGUGUCGGAGUGGUGCGAGGAAGUGCGCGCCUUGGCUUCUCUCGUUGAAGACGGGGAGUGUGUCUCCUGGACCUUGGGUGAGGUCGGCCCGAUCCCCAGCUAUGUCAGUACAUCUGGAAGAGUCGCCCUGGUUGGGGAUGCGGCGCAUGCCCUCCUUCCUCAUGCUGCACAGGGGGCGGGAAUGGCGAUGGAGGAUACCGCAAGUCUGGCAGAGUUUGUGGGGCAGCUGAGGUGUACAGAGGAUCUGGCCAAGGUGAUGCAUACAUGGAGCCGGUUCCGACAGGCUCGCGUAGAGCAUUUACGUAGCAUCAGCCAGGGGAACGCCGUUGAUAUGACCCUUCCGGACGGCGAACGUCAAAUUGCUCGAGAUAUGAAAUGGAAGGCUAUCCGCGAUAAGCAUCGGGCGCAGUUGGCCGAGCUUGUGCAUGAGAAGCUUAAAGAGAAGAUCCUCCAGGACAGAGCGGCACCUGAUCCAAAUUGUAAAAGCACGUUUGAGCCAGGAGGAAGAAUGUGGAUCAAUGGGUUUGAUGUGAGUGAGGAGAGUAGGAGGUUCUGUCACGAACAUUUGAGUCUGAGCGCCUCAGGCGGCUUAGGAAAUGAGCGCCUGCUGUCCUCCUGA